AUGUUUCUCUCUGAGUUGUUUGGAAGCAUUACGAUCCGUGAAGACAGCGACUUCGAGAACUCUGAAUUCGCUCAAGUUCGAUUGUUUUCGUUGAUAUCAUCCGGAGCAACAGUGGAGUCGAACACUGCUGUGUUUUCGAAGCUGGCUGAAGGAGAGAACGGAGAGUAUGGAAUCAUGGCUGAAGACUUUGUGGACUUUGAUGAAUUGCAUCCAUACCGCGGUGAUAGCCUUUAUUUUAGGUCAGAAACAAAAUAG